GCCUUUCAACAAGUGUUGCAUCAAUCCGAGCUCUAACGAUCGCAAGUCGCAUCAAAAUGCAAACAAAAUAUCUUACGAUUUUCGCCUUCCUGGUUGGAGUUGCACUGGCAAUUCCCGCCCCAUCAAACGUUCUGGACGAUGUCCCGGAUCGUCGCAUCGUCAACGGAACGGACGCAUCGAUUCAGGACUAUCCGUUCAUGAUAUCGCUGCGCGGCAGCACCGGUGGACAUUCGUGCGGUGGCAGCAUCCUGUCCGAGCUGUGGGUUUUGACGGCUGCUCACUGCGUGAGUGCGACCACACCGUACCUGCAGACGAUCCAGGCCGGCCGGACCAACAUCUCCCGCGAGGUAGAUGAUUCGGUGUACGGUAUUGAGCAGGUGAUCGCCCACCCGCAGUACGAUUCGCGCAACAGCCAUCUGAACGAUAUUGCGCUGCUGAAGUUGCAGCGUCCGCUCACGUUCGGUGACAGUGUUUAUCCGGUCCGUUUGCCCGCUCCGUGGUCCGAGGUGGAGGACGAUGCGGACGAUCUGGGUGUGACACUGAUCGGCUGGGGUCUUACGGCGACGGGCGGUUCGGCACCUACGACGCUGCAGCGCGUCGACUAUUACGUGGUACCGAACGAGGAGUGCGAUGCGAUCCACACGAGCACGAUCUAUCCGUCGCACAUCUGUGCCGCGAUCCCUGGCGGUGGCAAGGGACAGUGCAGCGGAGAUUCUGGUGGUCCACUACUGCAUCACGGCGUUCAGGUGGGCAUCGUCUCGUGGAGUAUCAAACCGUGCGCCGUUGCUCCGUACCCGGGUGUACUGACCAAGGUUUCGCAUCACAUUGGCUUUAUCCGAGAGCACACCGGGAUCUUGUAGCGAUGUUGGACAAGCGAUGGAUAUUUGUACAUUAAAGAGGAUAUACAUAAUUAGGAAUAAAAAGACUGCAAGGAUAUUAAAAUGGAGGAGUCUUUC